UCUCAAGAAGGUAAAAUAGUGAAUAGGUUGUUGAAUCAUUCUGGUGGAUUUUUUUUACUAAAUUAUCCCAAUUAUGGGUCUGCUCAAAACAGUUGCAAUCAUAUUCACUAUUGGCUCAAUAACCUAUGCUGUUCGGUUUUAUUGUAUCGGAAGGUUAUAUCGUAGCAAGAAAAAAUUCGAAAAUCGGGAACUAAUAGUUGUUACCGGUUGCACAUCGGGAAUUGGUCUUGCAGUUGUGCAGAGCUUAGCAGCCAGGCAAUGCCAUUUGGUGCUCGGCUGCCGUAAUCUAGAUAACGGCAACAAAGUUCGACAACAGUUAGUUGAGAAACUUGGCAACAAUUUACAAGUAGAUAUAUUUCAUCUUGAUCUAAGUUGCUUGAGUAGCGUUGCUGGAUUCGCAAGUAAAGUAAAUGAUUUGCAGCAUCCUAUCUAUGCCCUGGUGAACAAUGCUGGAAUUUUUUACGCACCACCUGCUCUCACUGUAGAUAAAUAUGAACAAACCUUUCAAGUGAAUUAUCUGAGUCACUUUCUUAUUACCAUUUUACUAUUACCAAAACUUAAAAAAUGUACUACCGGAAGCAGAAUAAUUAACCUGGUUUCUAAAGCACAUCAAGCUGUAAGAUAUUUUCCGGAUUUGACAUUUCAUAAAGAUUUCGAAGAUACACCAAGUAACCGUUAUGGUGCCUAUCAGUACAGCAAAUUUUGCUUAGUACUUUUUGCAUACAAGCUCUCUUCCAUCCUGAGUGGAUCUUCAGUGUCGGUUCACUGUGUUGACCCGGGAAACGUCGAAACAGAUAUCUACAGACAUUUUCCUCAGCUAUCGAACAGACUGCUGUUUUUCCUUCAAAAACCUAUACGCAUUUUAGUAGUAAAAACGCCCAGAGAAGGAGCACAGGCAGUAUUGUAUGCUAUUUUGGAAGAAAAAACACCGCAGUUUUAUAUAAACCAGCCUUACCCCUUUCAGUACGAAAGCUUUGAAACCAACCCUAGGAUAUACAAUCCUAUACUAAGCGAUACAUUAUGGACAUUAAGUCGGAAACUGUGUGGAAUUUAUCUGAGCGAAAUUCGUUAGUGCCAAAG